AUGAGUAAACUGUUUCUAUCCAAGAUUAAGUGGGGAGUCACGCUUAUCACCGUGGCUCUCAAUUUCUUUGUCUACUUUUACCCCAACAUCGUUAACGACUUUGACCAAUGUCUGUGGAAAGGCACCCAGCUUAGAAGUAAGCAUGACUUCAUCAAUGAUGUGCUUCCACUCAAUCUGAAUUGGGUACAGAUGCUUCUACUUAACUUCCCAAGCUUGCAAGAGGAGCAGGAACCACUCAUUUAUGAUAACGGCAAGGUCUCUGACAUUCACAUGCUCACGUUUGGAGACCCCCAGAUCAAUGGAAACUGGAAAUCUACUCCAUACAUCAAACGUCUCGAUAAUUUUGGGAACGACUACUAUUUGGGCCAUAUCUACCGACUCAUGCAAGAAAGAUUGCAUCCCAGUCAUGUUGCUGUCAUGGGAGACCAAUUUUCGUCGCAAUGGAUCUUGGACUCUGAGUUCUACAACAGAACUUAUAGGUUUGUGGAAAGGCUCUUUCCACGAGACGAUUUGCACAAGCUGACGGUGAUCGAAGCGUGGAAAAAGCACGAGGACUACGACUGGGAGGCGUGGAUGCAACAGGAAGAAUUAUUAGACCCUGAAGACCGAUUCAAAUCAAGAACUUAUUAUGAUACGUACGACUGGUACAAGCCUGAGAGCAAAUUGCCCAACAUUGAAAACCCACUUUUCAUUAACUUGACUGGAAACCAUGAUAUUGGCUACAGCGGAGAUGCUACAUGGCAACACAUGGCCAGAUUCCAUUUACUUUUUGGCCAGAACAACUAUGUCAUCUACUACAAUAAGGGAACACCAGAAGAAUGGAGAAUUGUUGUACUUGACUCGCUCACUUUGGAGGGUCCAGCACUUCAAGAGGAAUUCAGAAACUACACAUGGGACUUUUUGCAAAAACUUGAUGAUUCAAACUCGGAGUUUCAUGGUUCCACGGUUCUUUUCACUCAUAUCCCUUUCUACAAACGGGAAGGGCUUUGUGCUGAUGGACCAGAACACAAAUACUAUGUUGACUACGAAAGAGAGCCAUACAAGAAUGGCAAGCUCCGGUCCCAGAACCACUUGUUGUAUGAAACAUCCCAAAAAGUAUUGAACAUUGUGUUUCCUAACAAGGACAAAGAGGGUAUUAUCUUGACUGGCCAUGAUCACGUUGGCUGUGAUUCGUGGUACAGUCAUGUGAAUGACCACUGGGUGGCAGAUAAAGAGGCACAGCCAGGAGACAGAAAGCCAAUCCACGAGGUGGUAGUGAGAGCAAUGAUGGGAGAGUUCGAGGGUCAGACCGGAUUAGUAACUGGUCAAUUUGACUAUGAGGAGAAAGCCUGGAAGUUUAAUUUCUCAUACUGUUCUUUUACUGUUCAGCAUAUCUGGUGGGCAUCGAAGGUUGCAACAUUGUUGUCGAUUCUCUUGCAUUCUGUUGCAUUUGUUCUUAAGUAG